AUGUAUCAUUACUCUAGUCCACCCCAGGGGUGGUCAACCUACGACUACUCGCAGUCACCCCCAACAUCACAAUACUACGCUCAAUAUGCCUCUCAGUAUGCCAACGCAUACUCUUCGCCACGAGGUACCUCGCGACGACACACCCGCAAGGCCAGCUACACGGCCACCACCAAGGAGCCCGCCUGGUACUCGACCUACCCGCAGUCUUACUACGAGGCAACGCCCGAGUAUGGCAUCCCGUCGCGAAAGCACGAUCAUGUAAGUGCUUCUUUUGCGGGACCCAAGCACCGUCGCUCCCGUAAGACGGGGCAUUCUGCAGGGGAUGGCCUAGGCGCCGGCACCGGCUUCAAAUUUGGUUUCCAUCCGCAAUCGCAACAGCCCAUCUUCGUCGAUGUGGCUGAGGAAUUCGAUACUCCGCGUCACGCCUCUUUCCAUGAGAAGCAGUCGCCGCACGAGUCCCAGCCCCAGCCUCGCCCGACCCGCCAUGGCCGUCCCCCAGCAGAUGCACCUGCUACAGCACAACCCUCCACGCCGAAGCGAGAUGGCCCCGGCCAGCAUCGUCGAACCGCGUCGACCUCUUACCGCAAAGCGUCAGCCGCUGAUUCUCACUUUUACUUCACCCAGGCACCUAACAGCGAAGACAUCGAAUCAGCUCGUCGCUCCCACGGCCGUCGCCAGUCCACCUCCACCCGUACCCCAUCCAAGCCCAAGCCAGCACCCCCUUCUGCUAAGCCACCACCCGUUGCCACCGAAGAGGAUGCCGAGCGCGCCGGUAUUCCACCCGGCUAUUCGACCAAGAACUGGGACCCGACGGAAGCACCUAUCAUUCUCCUUGGCAGCGUUUUCGAUGCCAACUCCCUCGGCAAGUGGAUCUACGACUGGACCGUCUUCCACCACGGCGCAUCAACCCCCAUGGCCGACGUCGCCGGCGACCUCUGGCUUCUCCUGAUCAAACUCGCUGGCAAGGUCAAGCGCGCCGACGAAUGUCUCCCACGAAUUCAAAGCCCGGAGUCCCAGGAUAUCGUUGAGGAUUUCCUCGAGAGCGGCGAUCGCCUGUGGAACCGAUUCAAGAAGCUCCUCAAGGCUUGCGAGAUGUUCAUGUGGAAGGCGGCCAAGAGGGAAAGUAGCAAAGGGCAGGUUUCUAUGGGUCGCAAUGCAGGCUGCGAGUUUGUUGACUCGAUCUUUGGCCGCGAUCGCGAGCUUGAGAAUACGGAGAAGCUGAUGAAUAGUAUCCGGUUGUGGAAUAUGCGGUUCGAUGCUAAUUGCGAAGAUAUUCUGCGUCGGCCGUCAGCUCCAUAG